CCGGCCACGAGAGACAAAGCGCAGCAAGCAAGGCAACCAAAGCAAAGCAAGGAGAUCAUAUCAUCAUUCAUGGCGCCCGGCGGGGUUGUGCUCCUCGGCCUCCUUCUCCUGGCGCUGGUGGACGCGCUUGCCGCCGUCCACAUCGACAUCGCGGCGGCCCUGUUCCACUCGCACGACCACCUCGGGGGCAACAAGCACAAGGACAAGCAGUCUUCUUCCUCGCCUUCGUGGCCAGACGGCAAUUACCUUCCGCCGGCGGGCAACAAGGAGAAGAAGGACAAGAAGGAGAAGCCUUCAUGGCCGGACGGUAACGCCGCGGAUUUCUUCGCGGAGGCUGCCAAGAAGGGGCUGCGGUCCUUCACCGGCGGGCGGGGCGGGUACAAGACGAUGACGACGGAGUUCCUGGACGCGCAUAACCAGGUGCGGGCCAAGUACGGCGUGCCGCCGCUGCGGUGGAGCAAGAAGCUGGCGCGGUACGCGCGGCGGUGGUCGGACGCGCGGCGGUUCGACUGCGUGAUGAUGCACUCGGUGGGUUCCCCCUACGGCGAGAACGUCUUCUGGGGCACCGGGUGGGACUGGAAGGCCGUGGAGGCCGUGGGCGACUGGGCCAGCGAGUCCUCCUUCUACGACUGGCGGGCGCAGGCCUGCCACCCGGGCCAGGUCUGCGAGCACUUCACCCAGAUCGUCUGGCGGACCACAAAGUACGUCGGCUGCGGCCGGGCCGAGUGCCUCGCCGGCGGCGUCUUCAUCACCUGCUCCUACGACCCGCCCGGGAACUGGAAGGGAGAGGUGCCGCUCACCUAAUUCUUUCUUUUUGUUAAUUCAUUCAGUAGUAGCCCAUUUGCCUCUUCAUAUUGGGCUGGGCUGGGCUGGGCUGGGCUGGGCUGGACUACACCUCAAGUUUUCAUUUUCUUUUAUUAGCGGACUAGCUUGUCUUCUUAAUUUACUCGACUUUUUUUUACUUAAUUUACUCGUCAAAUAUGAACUAUGCUCGGUGCAUCUUGAGCAACAAGACAAAAAGAUAGACAUUUCAUGGUUCCAGCACGCACCAAUAAUUCAGCAACAGAGUUCAUUCAGCACAGAGAUCACCAAUAAUUCAGCAACAGAGUUCAUUCAGCA